AUGAAUAGUGCCUUCUCAGAGGAGGCACGCGAGGCUGGCGAGUCCUUGUGCGAAAGACUCCUUUCAUACUGGGCGGAACACGAAGCCUACGACAAGGUCGCGACUAUGGAAUAUGUCGACGAAGUAGUGGAUUAUAUCGAUACCAAGGAGGAAGUCAUUCAGUUAGCUCUCGCUGCCUUGGACGAUACACUACCUCAAGUCCACGACCCCAUUUCACAAGUUGACGUAGGGACUGCAGAAAAGCCCUUACUUAUUUCCAUUAGUGUUAAGCUGGCGGAGAACGAAAAGGAAGACCUUCUUGCCCUAUUACGCGAGUACAGGGAUUGGUUCGCCGAAAAGUACGAGGAUAUGCCUGGCUUGUCCCCGGAUUUGGUCUGCCACCGGUUGCCAACUUAUCUAGACCGACGUCCAGUACGGCAAGAUGGCCGAUUCAUGCGAACUAAGACUCAGAUCGUAGUCAAGGAAGAGAUCGAAAACAUGCACCGAUCGGGUAUCAUUCACGUGGUAAAGUAUAACGAGUGGCUAUCCAACGUUGUCCCCCUUCGCAAGAAAAAUGGCAAGAUGCGUGUCUGUGUUGAUUACCGCGACCUCAACAACGCAACGCCCAAGGAUAUAUACCCUAUGCCUGUAGCUGACCUCCUCAUUGACGCAGUCGCGAGGCAUGAAGUGCUGUCCUUCAUGGACGGAACAGUCGGAUACCACCAGAUUCCCGUCGCUGAAGAAGAUCGACACAAGACGGCUUUCCGUUGCCCCGGUUUUACCGGCGCGUUCGAGUAUGUUGUCAUGCAUUUCAGACUUAAAAACGCAGGGGCAACAUACCAGUGCGCCAUGAAUCUCAUCUUUCAUGACAUCUUGGGGAAGCUGAUUGAAGUCUAUAUCGAUGACGUGGUAGUUAAAACCAAGACACGCGCAACCCAUGUUGAGGACCUGCGACAGGUGUUUACACGGAUGCGCUUACACAACCUGAAGAUGAACCCCGCCAAGUGUGUAUUCUUCGCAGAAGCCGACGACUUCCUAGGUUUUCUCAUCCAUCAAAGGGGCAUCGAAAUCCCAAAGGACAAGGCGCAGGCGGUAAUAACCACCUCACCCCCCACCACCAAGAAGGAGCUUCAACAGUUGCUUGGUAAAAGGACAGGCCAUAGAAGACUUUCUCGCUCAUCACCCCCUUCAGAGCUCACGACGUUUCACGAGUUGGAGUUCGCUGCUGUGGCACUCGCUCCGUGGACCCUAUACUUUGAUUGGUCACGCACCGAUACCGCAGCCGGAGCCGGGAUAACCAUAGAAAAUCCCGUCGAGGAUCGCUUCUCCUACUCGUUCCAGCUUGAUUUCAACUGUACAAACAACCAGGCCGAAUACGAGGCGCUCAUCAUCAGAUUGGAAAUUUUGUUGGACUUAGGAGUCCGCGAAGUACAGGUCUUUGGCGAUUCCCUGUUGGUUGUCAACCAACUAGUGGAGAAUUUCAAGUGCUUAAGCUCGUCCAUUGAACCAUACCUGCGCAAGGCAUUCGACGUGUUGGAUCAAUUCAACGAUGUCUACAUCGAACACAUACCAUGCGAGUUCAACUUUGCCACCAACGAGCUUACCCAAGUAGCGUCCGGCCUUAGCCUGCGCAAUGGAGUGCGCGAACGUUUGCUCAAAGUUGACCGACGUACCCAUCCCUCUUUCAUCGCUAGGGAGCAAUUUCAGGCCAACACCCCCGAGGUCACGAUCUUAGACCCUAUUGACGAGGAUUGGCGGCUACCAUUUAUCGCCUACCUCCAGAAUCCCAAUGACGCCGCUCACUCUAGUCAGAUACGUUUCCUCGCCUUAAACUUUGUUUUAUGCAACGGCGAACUCCGUAGGCGUGGAGAAGACGGAAACGACUUCCGCUGCGUGUAUGGGAAUGACGCUAAGCGUCUCAUACGCGAAGUACAUUGUGGGGUUUGCGGUUUGCACCAGGCAGGACCAAAAAUGCGUUGGUUAAUCCGCAGCCAUGGGUACUACUGGCUGACCAUUUUAAAAGAUUGCAUUGCCUUUGCCAAGGGUUGCCAAGACUUCCAGGCUCACGGACCAGUGCAACACAUCCCCAACAUUUCGUUGCAACCUAUCAUUAAACCUUGGCCGGGUCGCGGAUGGGCGAUAGAUUUUGUUGGCAUUAUUCAUCCACAUUCUUCUGAGCAGCAUAAGUUCAUUAUCGUCGCCACCGACUUCUUUACCAAAUGGGUUGAGGCCGAACCACUCAAGUUGCCUUCGCCAACUCGGGGGGCAGCUUUCGUGGCUGAUUCGGUCAUCAAAUACUUAAACGACUAUGACAUCAAGCUCCUCCACUCUACGCCAUAUUAUGCGCAGUCCAACGGCCAGGUUGAGGCCAGUAAUAAGGUCAUACUUGGCAUUCUCCGAAAGAUGCUGGAGUUGAACCCGCGCGUCUGGCAUAAGGAACUUUACCACACCUUGUGGGCUUACUGCACUUCAAAGCGCGGCCCGACGGACACUACCCCGUAUGCUCUUAUGUAUGGUCAUGAUGCCGUCCUUCCCAUCGAGAUCAAUAUUGCUUCGCUCCACGUACAGGAACAAUACCAACUACUUGGCGAAGAUUACGUCCAAGCUAUGUGGCAAGAACUUGAAGAUCAAAAUGAACACCGCGUCACCGCUUUCAACAAUCUCAUCCUCGAGAAAUAG